GCAGGCAGCAGCCUUCGAGCGGUGCCCGCCGCCUCACUGAGGCGCCGAGGGGCGGGGCCGCCAUGACGCGGCCGGCAGCGGCCGUUGCGGGGGGCGGGAGAUUUGAACGGCGGCGCCGCCGGGCACCAUGAGGCGGCAGCGGCACGGGGCGGAAUAUGACAUCCAAGAGAAGAUUAACUUUGAAAUCCGCAUGCGAGAAGGCAUCUGUAAAUUACUUGCAGUGAGCACACAGAAAGACCAACUUUUGCAAGCGGUUAAAAACUUGAUGGUUUGCAAUGCUCGUAUACUUGCAUACCGGGCAGAGCUACAGAAGCAGCCUGGAGAGCCAGUCUCAUGCGGAACUGAGGGAUGGUUGUCAGGCACUGGUACAAAAGACCGGGUAGCAUGCAGAGCAAAAGUUGCUAUAUCAGAUAUCCGAAUACCAUUAAUGUGGAAAGAUUCUGAUCACUUCAGCAAUAAAGAAAGAUCACAGCGCUAUGCAGUGUUUUGUUUGUUCCGAAUGGGAGCUGAGGUUUUUGAUACAGAGGUGGCUAUUGUGGAUAAAGCAAUAACAGAUAUCUGUUUUGAGAAUGUAACCAUAUUUGAUGAAGCAGGACCAGAUUUCCAGGUGAAGGUUGAAGUGUAUAGCUGCUGUACAGAGGAGUCUUUAUAUGGGACAAACACUCCUAAGAAACUAGCAAAGAAGCUUAAAACAUCCCUCAACAAAGCUACGGGGAAGAAACUCAAAGCUGCCCUGGAAGAAGACAGCACUGAGUCCCUUUUGCUCACUGACCCAGUCAUACAUGGAGCAAAGUACAACUUGCUAGCGUAUACCACUUUGGGGCUGGAGAGUGCUGAGGAUGGUUUCAGGACCCAUAACCUUACCAUUACAGGAAAUGAGGAAUCUUCUUUUUGGCUCCCCCUGUACGGAAACAUGUGCUGCCGUUUAGUUGUUCAGCCUUCCUGUAUGACUAGGGACAUGAUGGCAGGAUUUCUGAAUCAGCAGCAAAUGAUAGGAAGUUUAACUAGCUGGAGGAGGCUGUACUGCGUACUGAGAGGUGGAAAGCUCUUUUGUUAUUACUCACCAGAAGAAAUUGAGGCUAAACUGGAGCCAGCAUUGACAGUUUCCAUCAACAAGGAAACCAGAAUUCGAGCUGUGGAUAAGGACUUCAAGAGAAGAACUAGUAACUUUUCUGUUAUCAACCCUGUGUCUGGAGAGGCUGUGACUCAACUUUUUGCUACUGACAGUAGGGAAGAACUUCAUAACUGGAUGGAGGCUUUCUGGCAGCACUUCUAUGAUCUGAGCCAGUGGAAACAUUGUUGUGAAGAACUUAUGAAAAUUGAGAUUAUGUCACCACGGAAACCACCUUUGUUCUUGACAAAAGAAGCGACCUCCGUCUACCAUGAUAUGAGCAUUGAUUCCCCAGUGAAACACGAGGGUUUAGCUGAUAUCAUACAAAGAAAAAUUGAAGAGAGCGAUGGUGAGUUCCUGCUUUGCCAGCAAAAAGAGUCUGCAUCUUCCUUAUGGGCUUCACUCUUUGACGGAUCUCAUGAGAUGGUUGUUCAGAAAAACAUGCAUCCAACCCCCAAAAGUGAUACUGCAAGUCCCAGUGACGGCAGAGGGAAGAAAAGAAGAGCUCCACUACCACCCUCUGAUAAGUCACCAUACAGUGCAAAAGCACAAGUGGGCACACAGCAACUUGCCUUGCAACUUGGCAAGGAAAACUGGGAGAAGCCUGACAGCGCACCCUGUAGUAGUUCUUCGGAUUCAAAGUUACCUGUGGUAACAGGCUGGCAGACACCUGUUGCUGCUCCUGGCAAAAUUGGUCCUUGUAGAAAAAACAGUUUAUCUGACCAUGGAAAUCCCAUGUCUUUGGUUGCCAAGACAGAGUCUGAAACCAAACCAGUACCAACCCCUAGGCAGAAAUGCAUCACAGAAAUGCUAGACCCUAGAUCAUGGUUGUAGCCACAGGCAUAAUUAUUAGCUUAAAAGAGUCCCUGGAAUUUUAAGUUCCUCAGUCUUAAUAACUUUUGAGUGCAAAUAGAUUUUAUCCUACAGCUUGUAAGUAUUGAGUUUAAAGUGUUUUUGGUUUAGUUUUCUGUCUUUAGCCAGGACGUUACUACUAACAAGCUGCAUUCUCAGCUGUACUCAUUAUUGCUAACAUCUAAAUAAUUGCAGUAGUAAUGGGGAACGGUUUAUAUGAAAUAACGAUGCCACUUCUGAAAUGGUGGUUUGCUACUUUUGCCUUGAAAAGUUGGCAGUAUUCAGGGCAUCUCAGUGUCCCUGCACCAGGGAUUUUACUGUUGCCUUCUACCAGUCCCUCAGCUUAUCCCAUCUGCAGCUCCUCACACUGGUUCAAUUGGGAAUUUCACACAUUCAGCACCAGGCUCGCAAAAAUGAUUUUCUUGGGCUCCAUGCUUGGCUUCACCUGAAAUAUUCUCAUAUCUCCCUCACUGUUUGGGAACCGCUGCUUAUAAGAUAAUGUACUGUGAACAGUUACUGCACGCUUCUGAAUAGCUGUAUAUGAAUUUCUGAAGCAGUUCUAUCAAUUUAAUGUGGGAUCUCUUCGGUGCUUCCUGGUGCGUGCACUGUCUGAAUGGACCAGGAUUAUCUGUGUACGAGCAAAAAUGGAAUCCAUCACUUUGCCUUAUUUUGGACUAACACAAACAUGUAAAAGCAGUACUGCAUAUGAACACUCAUUUGGGAUUUCAUUUUUAUGGUGUAUUUUUUCUGAUGAAUGGGGCUCUGUAGCAUCGCUUCUCCUUCAUGGAACCUCUCAGCUGCUCCUGGUAGAUAGCUGGUUUGUAAACAUGAGCGUUACAAGUAAACAUGUAGGUUUUUUUGUUCUCCCACUCAUCAUUUUUGAAAUAACAGAAUAAGUACUUGAGGUGAAAAUACUGAACUUUUGAUGUUCUUCCAUCAGAUUGCCAUUUUUGUUAGAAGCAUGAAUUACUACAGUUCCUAUGGCACCUGCAAAACAUCUUUUACAUACAGAAAAGGCUUCUCUGCUGGACUCACACAGUUUAAAUAUCCAGCCCUUUCCUUGCUUGAUGCAUUUCCAUCAGAAGCUGGAACUUAUCCAAGAGCAAAGGUCUACUCACAGAUUUCCCUCUACAGCCUUUGUGUUCAGACCUGAGUUGAGUCAUAUCAGCAACUGUAUACAUCCAGUUCAUUAAUUUUUUUUCUGAAGUACAGAUGGUUUUGGGAGCUUUACCAUUUCUCCAGAAGAUAUUGUGGGCAUGGUUGGUUGGUUUGUUUAUCUAUUUUUUGUCUUUGCUAAGCUCUUGGCUAUGCAGUUGUAAAGGUAUCUGCUGGAUUUCCUCCUUAGUUCAUUGGCUAUGUGGGGUAGGACUUGAUGGGCAGGUUUCAUUUACAAAUCCCUUUGCAGGAUAAGAGCCCUCUGUUUCUAGAAUGCCCUUGUUCCUUCUUCAUUUAAUCACAUUGCAUUUUCCCUUUGAAACAACCAUAAUAAUUCUUACAACAAAUCAUGCUGUUAGUUAAGUGGAUAGUUUGUGAAUGCUUUAUAAAUAGGAACAGAAAAACUGAAGAAUAACUGCAUGAUUAUGUAAAUUAGACACAGUCAACUAAGUGGACUGUGCAACUCUGAACAAGAAAGAGGAAAAAUAAACAUGGGGGAGUGGUGCAUAUUUUCCAAGAUGCAACAGCAGUUUAUUUAACUUUGAAUCUAGCAUUAAAUGUUACUGUGCUCCGGAAAGGAAGAAUACCUUUUUCUUGGUAACCUCCUUCCACUUAGUUGCUAUAUUUCAAAAUAAAUCUCUUAAAUAUAUAAGGCAAGAAGGCAGCAUAAUGAGGAUUCAUUUUUAAAUUCAACAGGCUAUUGCAUUUCAACAAGCAGUUUCUCUUUUAAAUUCGGGAGCUUUGUUUUGAACUACAACAUACAUAUUUUACACAGGCAUUUAAUAUUAAAGUCUUCAAGUGAUGAGAAUUUACCCAUGCCUGCUGUUGCAAUAGUUAAUUACCCCAGGUACAUUUUUCACUUGAUUUUUCAAUUUGCAUUUCUAGCUCCACCUUAAGUUAUUUUGGUCUUUUUAUGCCUUUGAUUGCUUAUAUUGAUCUCUGUAGUAUCAGCUUUUCUAAUUGCUUGUGCGUAGCUAUAAAUUGUGAUUAUGUCCCUUUUAACCUUUUCUCUGAUGAGAUGUACUGAGUUCCUUAACUUUCUUACAGCAAUGAAUGCUAUUCAAGACUAAUUAGUCUUCAUGUUCUUCUCUGUAAUUCUCAUGUAUUGAAAUAUUUUUGUGACCUCUGAAUUAGAUGCAACAUGUCAAUAGCAAUUCAUCAGGACUAUACAGAGACAUAAUGUGAUCCUCUUAUUCUUAUUACUACCUCCCCCUACCCUAUUUCCUCAAAAACCAUGUUAUCCUUUAUUUUUUUUCUGCGGAAGAGUUACCUGGGAUGCUGGCUUUUAUGGCUCAAGUCCUCUUCAACAUCUUUUUUGAGAAUGCGGUACAUCAUCCUCUUAUUAUCCUACCUUAUUUUUUCUUAUAAGCGUGCACUGUAUUUUACCAGCAUUAAAAUACUGCUUGUGAAGUGAUCCAGAUUGCUCUGUAUAAGUGACCUGUUCUCGUUCUUUACUACUCCAAUGGUCUGCAAGUCCUUUGCAAAUUUAUUGCAAGUGACUUUUACAGUUUCUUCCGGAUCAUUGAUUUUUAAAAUUGAAUGCAAGGCAAGGUUUGUAGAGAGGGCUGAUAAGUUCUUAUUAGGUUGGUGACAUGGACGAGGGGGACAGAGAAAAGCAAACAGACACACCGUUGAGUUCAUGUCUCUUUUUUUCCUCAGAGUCUUUAAAAAAUUGAAUAAGAUAGAAAUUCCAGGACAAACAUCUAUGCUUCUUGCUGAUUCCCUAUUAAUGCUGCAUUUUGAAAUUACCCGUCUGUCUUCAAUACAACAGUCUGUAUUGAUUUUUAUCUACCAUGGGUAUCUUAAAGAAAAUGACAAGUUCAUCUGCUUUUCACUAGGUGCCUUAGGGUUCUUGAGGAUAACACCUCAGUACAGGUGUCUCUGCAAGCUCACUAUAUCAAAAGGAAAAAUGCAGCAUGUUGUUCAAGACCUAUUCUCCAUGAAGCUGUGUUGAUUGACGUUAUACAUCUAUCCUUAAAUUAGUCUCAUAUCCAUUUCACUGUAUUGCCCAGAUCACCACUAAGCAAACGAGGCCAUUAAUUACCCUGAUCAUCCUUCUUCAGCACAAUGUUGUUCUUGCAGUCCUGUGAAAUGUCAAGACUGUGUUGAGACUUGUUAAACUAAUUACAUGUUUAGGCUCCUGCUGCUGGAAAGGCUUCUACUACCAAAUGUAGUUGUUGUUAUUUUAAGCAACCACUCAAUAUGCAAUCCGUAUUACGAAGCAUCAGUUGACUUCAGGUUUCAAUAUUUAUUGUACUGACUUAAUCUUUUUUUUCUUUUUCCUGACCUGUUGCCUUUUAUUACUGCCUUCAAAUCUUCUGUGCAGCAGACUGGUUUCACUGGUAAAAACUGCAUGCUGCCAGCAAAUGAUCUUAGCAAUACAGUGAAGUCAGUUUGAAGGAAUACAGUUGUGCUCAGCUUUUGUCUACUCAAGAAAACAUAAAUAAAUGCAAUAAACCCAGCAAAUUUUAGGAGUAUAAUUACAAGAUAUAACUGUGAGGAAGCUAAGGGGUUUUUUUGGCUUUUCUGUAUAGUGACAAAUUACAAGUAUUUCAUUACUCCUACUGGUCCCUUUCUUAUCAUUUAUAUAGACUUGUUCAGAAAUUCGACCUUCUCCUUUGUUUUUUUCCAAGUUUUACAGACCCUAAAAAGGAGGAAUAUUCAAAACAGGAAUUCAAUAACCAAAAGUCAUUUGAUUAACAUCUCUAAACAAUGCAGAAAUAAGUCACAAAAGAACAAGUGAUCUUAGCCAGCCUCCUGCUACGGUGAGGCUUAUAAGACAACAGAGGCCUGGGGCUUUUCCCAGCCCUUGUGGCCCCAUUACCCAACGUUCACAUUUGUGCAAGCAAGUCAGUGCGCUGCUGCCUUGCAGCAGUCUGUGGAAAACCAGUGUGUGUUCAGACACAUUGCACCUCUCGUGAGCGGCUCAAACUACUAAGUGUAGCACAGAGAAGACAUCAGUGGACUUGUGCAUCUUGUUCAUCUGCUGCGGCUGAGCAACAUGUGAAGAGGUGCUUUUAUAAGGAGCACAUCAAGCCUGCUCUGAAAAUUGUACCUGUUUGCUCUCUGCUGAAAUGAAUUAAUUUCUGCUUAAAAGCAAUUAAGCAGUGGGACUGCAGUCUUGAAGUAGGGUGGAGAAACAAGUCAACCUAAACUUUUCUGUUAGGAAGCACAACUUAAAAGCAACUGCUAGUCCGAACUUGAAUGUAAAUUUCACAGAACAAGAACAGCUUCUAAAACACUGACUGAACAAGAUGCGGUUUAGCAACUGUUUAGGUUGUACCUUGUGUCAUUUGCUGUUCACUUGGUCUUGCAAUGGUAGAUGGUACCUUUUGUUAUUUUGAAGAUGUUAGCUUGAAAUGUUUACAUUUUUACUAGUUUUGUGACAUUUUUUCUAUGGUAAUCAUAUUAAUAGUCAUUUUACAGUGUUUUAUACAUAUCUAGAAAUACUGUCCUAGCAUUCAGAGUUAAUCUGUAAUUAGUGUAGAUUGUUGUUUAUAGUAAAGUGCAGAUUUGAAAACUAAUGUAUUGUGAAAUGUUAGAACAAGAGUCCUAAUUUUUUUUUUGCUGCUAACAUAAUGUAUUUUGAUUAAAAUGUGCAAGUGGAAUUAAAAAUAUUUCUUUAAAAAAUA